CUGCUAGGCGUGCACCCCUGUAACAUGGGGUGAUCAGAACGUCUUUCCUACCUCCUGGCUGGCAGUGGCUGAGGUGGCUGGCAAGGUGGCAGGAACCCCCUGGAACAGGCAGGGCCUCUGCCCGGGCUGAGCCAGGGCCUCUCUCUGAUGGGUGGUCCAGGCCUGAGCUUCUCAAGCCCAACAGGAGACAGGAACAUACGCCCUCCCGAGUGAGUUAGAAUUCCCAGGCGUGGGGAGUGGCAGGAGUGGUCAGGUGCAGCCCGGCUUGCGCACUGCGCUCUUCUGCUGGAGGUGUGCAGUGGGUUCUGAGACCCUCUGGGGUCCCUGCAGGCCCAGCUGGGAGCAGCAGUCUCUGUAGCAGCGCUCUGGGCUUUUGCUCUGAGAGGAAGCGAACCAGCCUGGAGUUCGGGCUCUGUUGUCUUGUGCCCCUGAAUGGCAGGUGCCUAGGUCCCAAGAGCCACCCUCCCCUGGACCCUCUUUAUGUUUUUCACAGUGAACAUCGUUCUCACUGGCCGGCUCAGCAGCGCAGUUCCUGCUUUAGGUGAGGCCAGCACUUCGCCUCCUCUCCUGACAGCUGCCUGCAGUGGGAAACUGGAGCAGCACACAGAACGGCGUGGCGUCAUCUAUAGCCCGGCCUGGCCCCUCAACUACCCGCCGGGCACCAACUGCAGCUGGUACAUCCACAUCCAGGGUGACCGUGGCGACAUGAUCACCAUCAGCUUCCGCAACUUCGACGUGGAGGAGUCCCACCAGUGCUCCCUGGACUGGCUCAUGCUGGGCCCAGCGGCCCCACCCCGCCAGGAGGCCUUCCGGCUCUGUGGCUCUGCCAUCCCGCCUGCCUUCAUCUCCGCCCGGGACCAUGUCUGGAUCUUCUUCCACUCUGAUGCCUCCAGCUCCGGCCAGGCCCAGGGCUUCCGUCUCUCAUACAUCCGAGGGAAACUAGGCCAGGCAUCCUGCCAGGCAGACGAGUUCCGCUGUGAUAAUGGCAAGUGCCUGCCGGGCCCGUGGCAGUGCAACACUGUGGAUGAGUGUGGCGAUGGCUCUGAUGAGGGCAACUGCUCAGCACCUGCCUCCGAGCCACCCGGAAGCCUGUGCCCCGGGGGCACCUUCCCCUGCAGCGGGGCACGCUCCACGCGCUGCCUGCCUGCAGAGCGGCGCUGCGACGGCACGCAGGACUGCGGCGAUGGCUCCGAUGAGGCUGGCUGCCCGGACCUGGCGUGUGGCCGGCGGCUGGGCAGCUUCUAUGGCUCCUUUGCUUCCCCAGACCUGUUUGGUGCAGCCCGAGGGCCCUCGGACCUUCACUGCACGUGGCUGGUGGACACACAAGACACGCGGCGUGUGCUGCUGCAGCUGGAGCUGCGGCUGGGUUAUGACGACUAUGUGCAGGUGUACGAGGGCCUGGGUGAGCGUGGGGACCGCCUGCUGCAGACGCUGUCCUACCGCAGCAACCACCGGCCCGUGAGCCUUGAGGCUGCCCAGGGCCGCCUCACUGUGGCUUACCAUGCCCGCGCCCGCAGCGCUGGCCACGGCUUCAACGCCACCUACCAGGUGAAGGGCUACUGCCUCCCGUGGGAGCAGCCGUGUGGGAGCAGCAUCGAGGGCGACAUGGGUGACACAGGUGAACAGGGCUGUUUCUCGGAGCCACAGCGCUGCGAUGGCUGGUGGCACUGUGCUAGCGGCCGAGAUGAACAGGGCUGCCCCGCCUGCCCUCCAGACCAGUACCCUUGCGAGGGUGGCAGCGGCCUGUGCUACACACCUGCUGACCGCUGCAACAACCAGAAAAGCUGCCCUGAUGGCGCUGACGAGAAGAACUGUUUCUCCUGCCAGCCUGGCACCUUCCACUGUGGCACCAACCUGUGCAUCUUUGAGACGUGGCGCUGCGAUGGCCAGGAGGACUGCCAGGAUGGCAGCGAUGAGCACGGCUGCCUGGCGGCCGUGCCCCGGAAGGUCAUCACCGCCGCCCUCAUCGGCAGCCUGGUCUGUGGCCUGCUGCUCGUCAUCGCCUUGGGCUGCGCCUUCAAGCUCUACUCACUGCGCACGCAGGAGUACAGGGCCUUUGAGACGCAGAUGACACGCCUCGAGGCUGAGUUUGUGCGGCGGGAGGCACCCCCGUCCUAUGGGCAGCUCAUUGCACAGGGCCUCAUUCCACCCGUGGAGGACUUUCCUGUCUACAGUGCAUCCCAGGCCUCCGUGCUACAGAACCUUCGCACAGCCAUGCGGCGACAGAUGCGCAGGCAUGCCUCCCGCAGAGGACCCUCCCGCCGCCGGCUCGGUCGCCUGUGGAACCGGCUCUUUCACCGGCCUCGGGCACCGCGAGGACAGAUCCCACUGCUGACUGCUGCGCGCACCUCACAGACAGUGUUGGGUGACGGGCUCCUCCAGCCUGCACCAGGGGCCGCCCUGGACCCCCCAGCACCCCUUACGGACACAGGCAGCGCUGGGGCAGCUGGAGAUGGGUCCCCCAGUGCCCCUGUCCAUACACCAGAGGUGGGACCUUCUGUGCUGCCCCCCUUGAGCCUGCAGGACCCAGAGUACAGGCCAGUGGACAAGGACAGAAAGGCCUGCAGGGACCCUCUGAUGGACAGCCCAGCUUCUGUGGACACGCCUCGGGAGCCCUGCUCGGCCCAGGACCCUCACUCCCUAGCCCCCACUGCCGGCAGCACCCUAGGCCCCCACCCACCAGAGCCACUGGGUGUCUGCAGGAGCCCCCCACCCCCCUGCUCCCCAACGGAGGCCAGUGACGACGAGGCCCUGCUGGUCUGCUGACCCACCAGAUGCGCUGGUGACUGCCACAGCCCCGCCUUGUAACCAGGGAAUAUACAGUUGUUUCUACCCUG